AUGUUCUCGUUGCUGCUGACUUACACUGUCUUUUCUCUCUCCAUCGGCACUGCGCCCUCCGGACACCCUGCUCGGCAGUUUGCUGUCAUGCAGUUCUCCGACAUUGUGAAGAAGGAGUUUAAUUUUGAGGAAUAUGAGAGGCACAAGAGGGACGAGGAGCUGGUGACAAGGAUUCGACAGAUUUCAGGCGACACCUACACCCCAACUGCCAUCAAAACGCUGGUCAACGAGAUCUUUGUGCAGGACAGUGGGCUUCGGGCAGACUCCAAACGGGUGAUGAUUGUAAUCACCGAUGGGAGAUCCAACGAUCAAGACACCACAUUCGCUGAGGCCAUCGCACUAGCCCAGGGCAAACACAUCCUGCGAUUUGCUGUCGGGGUGGGUCCUGACUUUCGAACAGCAGAUGGACGGCGAGAGUUGGAGAUUAUCGCCUCGAACUCCACUAACGACACCGUUUUCUCCAUCGAAAACUUCGACGCCCUGAAAACAAUCCAGGAAAAGCUGCAGUCAAAAAUCUUCAACAUUGAAGGUGCU